CACUAGAGCAGAAGACAAAGAUGGCGGAGGUGCGCGGGCUGAGGAGCAGAAAUCACUUCGAGUCCAACUGUAAAUCCCGAGUCCCCGGCGAAGGACGGAAGGGAGUACAGGAUGUCCCCGUCCACGCCAAACGGAGGCCGCCUCUCGCCAAACCCGAAGACCUGGAGGACGACUUUCUCCCAAAGACCAAGACUGUAAUUCCGGACUUUGAUGAAGAUGAUCUCGCCUCACCAGAAGAAGAAGCCCAAGAAGAACAGGUCGCAGAGGAAGAGUCGGCGCGGCCCAUCCAGAUCGUCCUGGCCAAUGAGGACGAGCACAGUUUUGAGCUGGACGCGGCGGCGCUGGAGAAGAUUCUGCUGCAGGACGAGGUGAAGGACCUGAACGUGGUGGUGGUGUCUGUGGCCGGAGCGUUUCGAAAGGGCAAGUCCUUCCUGCUGGACUUCAUGCUGCGCUACAUGCACACUCAGCAGGGGGAGCCGUGGAUGGGCGGAGACGACGAGCCGCUGACGGGCUUCACUUGGCGAGGAGGCUGCGAGAGAGAAACCACAGGAAUCCAAGUGUGGAGCGAGGUCUUUGUGGUGCAGAAACCAGAUGGGAGCAAGGUGGCCGUGCUGCUCGUGGACACACAGGGAGCGUUUGACAGUCAGUCGACCAUCAAAGACUGCGCCACGGUGUUCGCCCUCAGCACGAUGACCAGCUCUGUCCAGGUUUAUAAUCUCUCCCAGAACAUUCAGGAAGACGACCUGCAGCACCUCCAGCUGUUUACAGAGUACGGACGACUGGCGAUGGAAGAGAUCUACUCCAAACCUUUUCAAUCCCUGAUGUUCCUCAUCCGUGACUGGAGUUAUCCUUAUGAACACGACUACGGGCUUCAAGGAGGAAACACUUUCCUGGAGAGACGACUUCAGGUGAAGCAGAACCAACACGAGGAACUGCAGAACGUGAGGAAGCACAUCCACUCCUGCUUCUCCAACAUCGGCUGCUUCCUGCUGCCGCACCCGGGCCUGAAAGUCGCCACCAACCCCUAUUUCGACGGCCGGCUCAAAGAUAUCGAUGACGACUUUAAGAGGGCGCUGUACGAGCUCGUGCCGCUUCUUUUGGCCCCGGAAAAUCUGGUGGAAAAGGAAAUCGGAGGAAGUAAAGUGACGUGCAGAGACCUGGUGGAGUAUUUUAAGGCGUACAUCAAGAUCUACCAAGGCGAGGAGCUGCCCCACCCCAAGUCCAUGCUGCAGGCGACCGCCGAAGCUAACAACCUGACGGCAGUAGCGGGCGCCAAAGAUUUGUACAGCAAAAGUAUGGAGCAGAUCUGCGGAGGAGACAAGCCGUACGUCGCUCCCGCCGACCUGGAACGCUGCCACGAGGAAUUCCGUGACCACUCCGUGCGUUUCUUCCGCUCGGUGAAGAAAAUGGGCGGCGACGAGUUCUGUCAGAAGUACCAGAGCCAGCUGGAGGGCGAGCUGGACGAGGCCUACGUCAACUUCUCCAAACACAACGACGGGAAGAACAUCUUCUACGCGGCCCGCACGCCCGCCACGCUCUUCGCCGUCAUGUUCGUCACCUACGUCGUGUCCGGGGUCACGGGCUUCAUCGGUUUGAGCACGUUGGCGUCCUUGGCGAAUAUGAUCAUGGGGCUGGCGCUGCUGGCUCUGUGCGCGUGGGCGUAUGUGAAGUAUUCUGGAGAGUAUCGAGAGGUCGGCACGUUGAUAGACCAGGUCGCCGAGACGCUGUGGGAACAGGUUUUGAAGCCGUUGAGUGAACAGUACAUGGAAGAUAACGUCCGACAGACAGUGGUGAACUCCCUCAAAGCCAGUUUGACAGAAUCCAGCUCACAUCAUACGAAGCAAAAGACUCACUGACUCGUCCUCUCCCCUCUGCAACUGAAACUGAACUGUCAAUCACCAAAGCCCACCUCCUGUUUGCACAUCUCUGUGCUGCCGUCUGAUUCGCUAUAGAGAUUGCCGAAUGUCGCCCCCUAGUGCCUGUGAGCACAAAGUGCAUGUUCUCAAAGGACUUGUCAGCUGCCAAACUGAAGCGCUGUCACCGUGUGUCCACUGUGCCAUGCAGAAGGAUGUAGUACCUGUCCACGUGCGCCCCCUACAGGCCAACGCCACUUCAGGGAUCAAGCUGCUGAGAACAUCCUGGUGCAGUCACAGAUCAGUUCAUUUUCUUAUUGAAUCUUUUUUAAAGGUUCAUAUUUGGCACAAAAAUUGGCUAAAACUAUGCAUUUUUCAGUCUAAUUGUUCUUCGUGGAAUAUAAACUGAUCACAUCUGCAUCGUGGUGUUGAAGUGUUUAAUCAAACCCUGCUCUGUCUCUGUGGAGACUAACGAUGCUGUGGAAGCCUCUGGUUUUAUUAUAGUCGAGUCUUUUUUGUGGAUCUUUUGUAGUCGCCAGUUUUCAGUUUUGUGCAUGAAGUAGAGCUGCUGCUCUGUGGCUUUAGACAUAACUGUUCUAAUUCCAUUGCCUUGUUCAAAGCUACUGUAUUCCAAAGCAUCACACUUCCUCGGUUCAUGUUUUCUGUCGAGAUUUUCAUGUUAAACACUUUUACUUUUCAUAUCAACGUACAAUCAAUGCUUUUUAUGUAAAUCCAAAGUUUUCAGGAAAUGGUCUGGAGCCACAGUCACAGACGUGUCUCUACAGUCGGGCUCUUAAACUGGGCCUGUGUGUAAUAUUCAAAUAAGCUGUACAUGUUUAUCACUGAGGCGGUUUGUUGAUCUACUUAACAGUUUAUUACAUGGUAAGUUGCAGCUGUAGUUUACAUUUGAUCCCAUUGUUAUGAUGGACAGUAGAUGAGCUGUUGUGAUUUUGACAGGAGUCUCGUUAUGAGCAGGAUGACGAUUGUGUGUCUGCCUUUUAAAUGUGUAUGCUAAUUUAUUUUUGAAUAAAAUGUUUAAAAAAGAA